GUCAUUUAUCAAUAAUAAACAUGGCAGCCCUCAAUGUUUUGGUUUGUGAAAAAUGGAAUAGUUGAAGAAAUAAGAGCAGCAUGAAGUGGAUCAUGUUCCCAUCAGGAGAAGAUUCUUGAAAGAACUUUAUCUAAAUCCUCGUUCAGACUUGACGAUAAGAAUGGAGUUCUUCGAAAUCAGCCUUAAUAGGAGCUUGAGGUGACCGAGUAAAUUUUGCAGCUCUAUAAACUAGAAUCUUUGAAUGGGCGGGGCUCAUGGGUGAUCAUGAUGACAGAGAAAGAGAAGUGGGCGUGUGAAUACUGCACCUAUGAGAAUUAUCCUGUCACCACGCGAUGCACUCUGUGCCACGCCCACAGACCGCCAAGCUUCAUCACAGACAGACACAAUGAGGAGCAGGACAUUUACAAGAUGGCCGCCACCAUGGGCCAGAACAAGGAAGGAAGCAGUAGUAAUCUGUCAUCCGGGCCCAGUAGUGCUAGCUUUGACCCUACCAAGAAAUGGGCUUGUACGUCUUGCACGUUCCUCAACUGGCCCAAGACUACAAAGUGUUCUCAGUGCUUGACAUCCAGAUCCCGUAUGCCUGUCUCUGGUAGUCUUAGUCCUGCGAUUGAACAAUCUCCACCCAUCACACUAUCAGGAGCAAACACAGAGAGUUUAAGAGCUCGAAGGAAGACCACUCAAAACAAAGAGUUUCCCUCAUCACCAAAGGCAGCUAAAGCCAUUAAUACUAAUGAUAUUAAUAACAAAACCCUUGCAACCUGUAAUGCAAAGGUAAAAUGGACAUGUAAAACAUGCACAUAUGAAAAUUGGCCCAAGACAGCACGGUGUGUCAUGUGUGGUCUACAGAGGGGAAGAACCUCGCCCGAAAUAUCCUCCACGGCCACAAGCUUAGAAAAUAAUUCAUCAAAUGUAUCAGGGUCCUCACUCAAGCAAACAAGUGUUAUAACAAAACAGACCUUGUCUCCGACCAGCAGCCUAGCAGCUGGUACCUCUGGACGUGAGCUAGGGAUGCGUUCACCAGAUAUCGGCACAGCGUGCUCUUCUGCAGGGUUACAUGUUCAGGAGGAGAAACGUGAAACUGAACGUAAACUUAAACAAAUUAGAAAUUGCAUGCAAGAAGAUGAUUGGUUGUGGCUAAGUGCAUGUAAUGGUGUCGUCAAUGGUGACUCUCGCCCAGUAGAAACAUUUGUAGGUGCAGGAGGAGAUCCUGCUCGACAGUUAACACAGGAAGAGGUCACUCUGCUCAACAGACCAAGUGCAUUUGAAGUAGGAUACACUUUAGUUCAUCUUGCCAUCAGGUUUCGUCGUGAAGACAUGCUUGCAGCCUUGCUCACUAGCACUGAAGCCCCUUCGAAAGCUGUUAAGCGACUGCCGUCUCAUCUCAGUGCUGAUCUAGCCUCGGAAAUCCGGCGCGAAAUAUUGGCCAUGCUUCGACAAAGAAAGGGAGAGUUCCCAUGCCAGUUUUUGACUGAUUGUGUUACAUUUGCUAUACCAACAGGUGUUCGAGACUUGCCAAACACUGUCCAGAGUCAACUGUUUGAUGAAAUCAUGGAUGGAGAUGUACAAAAGGAAUUGGAGGAUGAGUAUGUUGUAAACUGGAGUGUGGAGCUGACAGACAGAUUGGGCAGUCGUUUGUACGCACUAUGGAACAGAACUGCCGGUGACUGUCUCCUAGAUUCCAUCCUCCAGUCCACUUGGGGCAUCUUCGACUCCGACAACACUCUGAGGAAAGCCAUGUCCAACAGCCUCAGUGACGCAGCCAUGAUGUUUUAUCCUCGCUGGAAAGAGUAUGAAGCGAUGCAUGCAGAGAUGCUUCAAUUCACGCUUGACGAAGCUCAGUGGCAGAAUGACUGGGCAGACAUUCUCAGUAUUGCUUGUACUCCAGGUGCUUCUUUAGAACAAAUCCACAUUUUUGCCAUAGCUCACAUUCUCAGGAGGCCAGUUAUAGUGUACGGCGUAAAGUAUGUUAAAAGCUUUCGUGGGGAAACUAUUGGACUCGCACGGUUCCAAGGUGUGUACCUACCUUUGCUGUGGGAGAGAGGGUUCUGCUGGAAGUCCCCUGUCACUUUGUCUUACACACGCGGCCACUUCUCAGCCCUUGUUCCCAUGGAAAUGACCACAGGUGAUGUCAUCGGGGCGGGAGCAGAUAUUGAAACCUCAGAGGAGGAACAGAUGACUUACCUUCCUUUAGUUGAUGUAGAAGGGAAAUUACUUACAGUGCAUUUCUUAAGGACAUCAGAGGUAGGUCGAGAGGAACCUCUGUUACGGGAGUGGCUAGAUGUCUCUGUUACAAAGGGUGGUAGUCUUGUGGCCCUUCAGAAAAUAGGGAAGCGUCCUCUACUGGUCAAGCGGAUGUUGGAGGACUGGGUUGACCACUAUCGCCAACAGUCACACUCGGCCGUACCCUCAGGGACCCCAGCCAGUCUGGCCUGCCAGAACUUCUCCAGUGACGGGGAAAGCGAUCAGGAAUAGUCUUUCAUUAUCACCAAGUUUUACCAUAUGUUGGAUGUUUUUUCACAAACCUUUUAUUUUUCAUUAACCAAUUGAUUUGUUGCUAUUAUAUAUAUGAUAUAAUAAAGGAGCUAACUACUUUGGAUUCUACACUUACCUAAGUGUUCAGGUUUCACAUAUCACUUUUCUGUGGCUGUUUACAAUAACUACAAUUGACAAAAAAUGUAGGUGAACUAUUCACUGUUGACUUAAAUCGGGUCUCAAUUUUUCAUUUUUUUGUUCAAAAUUGCAAUUGAUAGACAUUUUAGAAGUCCUGAUUGAUGAACAGUUAAUAUUCAGUUGAAAUCGCGAUUCCAUUCAAUUUCAUACAUAAUAAAGAGUCAAGGUUGUGUUCAUCUGAAGGACAUACUGAAGCCAGGGAAUUUUCAUUGCAAUUUAACUUUCGCCUUUUUUGUUGUCCAUAAUGAGGGCGAAUGUAUCAUGACAGUGAAAAUAUGUACACAACAUACAAUACUUAGCAAUAACAUGUUAAGGACGAAAUUAACACUACAUUAAAACGGAUUCUACCAGGGAAGGACGAGAAUUUGACUGGAUGAUGGUUUCACGGCAUACAGUAUUGGAUCAAGCUUUAUUAAUAACGAAUACCAGAAUACACAGAAUGUUAAAUAUUGUUGUUAUCAUCAUGCACAUAAUAAUUAGUAAUUAAUAUUUAAAAAAAUAUAUACAUGUAUAUGGUCACCAAAAGAUUACUUCCUGUUAAGGAUCCCUGUCCCACUGCACUAUUUUUUCCCCCCGUAUAUAUACUGGUAGUACCCUUUCCUUAAUUUUGUUUUGGACAUAACUGUAGCACAGCUGAGCUAGGUCACUUCUGUUGAUGAGUUAACUCAGUCGGUUAGAAUGAAAGUAUAAAAAAGUCUGAAGUCAAGGGGUGUUUUUGUUUAAAUUGUCAAACCUGUCGGACCACAGUUGUUGUUUAUUAAAUAAGGUCACACUUGGUUAUCUGAUGCUGCUUUAAGGCGAGCCUUGACAAAGUCUUGCAAGGCCUGCAUAAACAUUUGCAGGUUCACUAGGAUUUAUAUACCAAAUUGUUACAUUUAUAAAUGGUCAAACUGGUUGUUCCUCAUAAAUGAACAGGCCCCAGGGUUGGAAUCCCAGCCUAGUACCACUAAAUUUGUACACUCAUAACUUUGUUGUUGGUUGUUUUGUUAAUUUCGUCUUUAUGUUUUCCAUGUAGCCCUGCAAGGUAUGGCAUUUCUUUCUGAAUGUAUUAUCAUAGCCAUAGUCAUGCUAGAAAAAACAAGUUUCCAAGGCUCAGUUACAGAUUUUGGUAGUGGUCGGGGAUCCUUAAGAUUCUAACAAUAGCUUGAUUGAAUAAGUCCUGAAUAAGGGAAGAUUUACCUCCCUUUAUCUCAUUCUGUAAGAUCUAGAAUUUACAGCACACAUAAUGUAAAUUUAUAAUCUAUAUUACCAUGACCUUAUUUUAGUACAUUGUGCUAUGGUCAAAUUAAAUUAUGAUGUACUCUGUAACAGUAAAUGGUGAAUGUAAACACCCAAGUAUCAGUGGUGUACAUAAAUUUCAAAAUCGACAUAAAAUUUCCCCAAAUACCUGAGUGUAAUAUUGUAUAGUGGGUUAUUCUUGCAGGUCUUCAUUUUCAAAAUUUUACUCAAAGUGAACAGAUUGAAUUUACACAAAUAAAAAUUUCACAUUCUGAAGAUAAGGAGUUUCUUAAUUACACAGAUGUUCCUGAUGUCAACUUCCAAACACACAACAAAUCCUGAUGUUAGAUAAAAAAAAACCUGGCUGGUCUCAGUUUAAACAUAUCAAUUAAUCAAUCCCCUGUUCCUACCUACGAACUGAUCUCGGUGCUUUUAUACACCUGCCAUAAAACUUGCAAUAUCUUUCAAACAAUCAUAUUUCAUGUAUUACCAGAAUAUUUGAGUUAUCCUGCAGGCAUGCUUGCUUGAUACUUUACUGGUAUACAAGAUUAGUUAGUAGAUAUUGGCUGUAUAAAUAUUUACACGUCAUAUAUUAUUUCAUGGAUCAAAAUUUUGCAAUCAUCUAAAUACCCUGCAAAAAUAACCGGUUAUACGUUUAAUAUUACAAUAUUGGAAAAAGCAGAAAGAUUAACAUUUGUUUCUUAAGUGAGUGUUUUUACACCCAGUCAUGUAUUUAAGAUUGUAGUUCUGUGUUCUACAUGCAUGCAGUCAAUGUCAGGAGGUCUUAAAAUUGGCUCCAUGAUCAACAAAUGGUAUUUUGUUACCUGGGUAAUCAUGAUUUUGUCAUGUCCACAUAUCAGACAUUUAAAGGUACAUGAAGUCACACCUUUAUUCAGAGACAACCCUUGAUAAGUCUGUUUAGUGGUCCUCUAUUUCAGGCGGUCUCUUAGUACAAGUUCAGUUAACAUAAAAUGAUUACUUUAUACCGGGAAAUUUUCGGCCUGUCAAACUUUCGCCCUUUACCUAUAAAAUCCAUAUUUGCCUAGUGUUAAUUUUGCCCUCAUGUUUAAUAACUAUAUACACUUUGCUUUUUACUAAUAUUUGCUGUAAUGAUAAAUCUGCCCUCAGUAUGAAGGCAAAACAGGGGAAAGUUAUACUAGGUCUAAAAUUUCCCGUUAUAUAGUAAACUGCAAUGGGGUGUUUUAAAACCGGUCUCUUACUUCCAAACUAUCCUGUGUUUUUAUACAUUUAUUAAGUAAUCAUGCACUUACCCAUAAAAUUGAACUAGAUACUCUACAUAAACAAGCAUUUAAGAUGUAAAACUACAUAGACUUAUCAGAAGUUUAUGAUCUUGAGAUCUCAUGAUUUGGGGAUAUUAAUUUUAUCUCUGGGUUCUGUUUCUAGUUUUAAGAAUAUUUUAUUUGGGUUAUACUUUGUAUUGCUUAUGGCUUUGGUUUUGUGCUGUGAUAUUUUCAUAUUUAUGUGGGAAAAUACUUAUUUGCACAGUGUUUAAUUGAUAGCUUUGAGACUGUAAGGUAUGAAGUGUUAUAUGACAUAUGUUAUGUUCGCUGUUGAAUUUGCAUAUUCACUUCAUAGCGUAAAAUUGCAAAAAUAUUGCUGCUUUGAAAAAUAAUCUUAUACACAGUAUUUAAACAUCACCUGUAGGUGAUUUAUCAAAUCUAAUAAGCUUAAUAUAUAAUCGUUCAUCAAGUCCAGUUUUCAAGUUAAUUACUUUUCCACUCAGCUUAAGAUUAUUUUUAUCUGAUUUGUGAAUCCCAGAACUUUUUUAAUAGUUAUAUAUAAAAAAAUAUGUUAUUCAAAUUUAAUUGUGAUGCCUGAAAAAAAAGGAGCAUCUAUCGGGCAUUAAUUGCCAACAUGUUAAUAUGCGUUGGUAUUUUGUUGUUGUUGUACAUGACACUUAAAAAAUCUGCAAAAUCAGUAAAGAGUUGUAUAUAUAUAUGAGUACGCUCUUAGACUAAAGCUGUACAAUAGCAGAUUUCAAUCUUUAAAUGCUGGUGGCAUUUGUUUGGGAACAGCACUACAAAUUACAAUACUAUUCAGCCAAUACCAAUGGAAGGAAGUUUUGGGAAUAUGUGGUUGUGAAAAGAGAACUACAUUUAACAGUAUUUUUGUUUAUUUCACAAUCAGUUUGAAAAAAACAUAAGUCCUAAUUACCUGACAAAUCUAGGUAAUUUUGGACAAAAUACUCACAAGUUCUGUUGUUGCACAACAUGUGAUAAACUUCUAAACUACAUUAAUAUGUGAACUCCAAAUAUAACAUCAGCAUACAGUGGUUGCCUGGACUGCUUUUGUUUCCAGCAACUUCAUCUCUGAACUACUGAAAGAAAUCUCACCAAAAUUAAAUUCAUAUUGUACCUAAAAAUGGAACCAACAACCCUUUUUCCUGUAGUUGGUGAAUUAAGGUGAGGAAAUGGGACUCUUUGACCAAAAGACAGGAUCGAGGGCACUAAUAAAGAAUGUUUUGUAUUUCCUAAGCAUUGAUGUAUUCAUACGGUGCUAAUCUUUGAGCUUACAAAUCUUAAAAAAUUCUAAUUAUAUGCUUUAAAGAUUUGUAAAGCUAUUCACAGCCAGACCUGACUACUAGGGGGAACAUUUGCUUAUUUUAUGGAUGUGAAUAUAUUUUGUAUGUUAGGAAUUUAACACUACCGAGCGGGUAUUUCAGUGAUAAAAAUGGUGUCCAUAAUAUUGAAAUUUGUCAUAGCAUUCCAGGAUGAUCGGACUCCACUACAAUCUAAAGGGACUUGGGUGUUUGGCAUGAAUUGCAUUUUAUUUUCUUGAUAAACGUACAAAUUUAAGAAUAGGUUUAAAGUUAUCCAUUGGUUUAAGAUGUAGUGAACAUAUAUCUGUCUAUAUACAGAUACCUGUAUCAAAUUUUCUUAUACUUGUGCACUUCAGGUAUUGGCCAGCUUAACUGCAAUAAUACCCUUGCCCUUUAGACUGAAAUGCAUGUGCUGCUUAUUCUUGAAUACUUUUAAACAGUCCAUGUCAUAGUUGUAUAUUGCACAGAAUAUCGAGAUAAUUUACCAUAAAAACUAAUUUGGGCUACUUACAUUGUAGACUAUAAGUAGACUAUAAGUUUUUUCAGUUAUUAUUUGCUGGCUUAUUUUCAAAGCAAACUUACUUUCGAGAUAGAUAUGUUUUCUAAUCAGACUUAAUAUUGAGAUUUUAGGGUAGCUCCAAUCAAUCCUUUUUUUUUUUAACUCACCCGGGUUGAAAACUUCGCCGUCAGUAGGUGAUCACACAUACAUAGAGGGUAGAAACUUACCUUAUGUAACUGUAGAAAGAUAAAUGUCAUACAGCAGAGAAAGCCUUGAAUUUUCUUUCUUAGUUCGAUGCCUCCUCAAAGAAAGUGCUCAUUUUGAUGAGAUCCCCCCUCCCCAAACUUAUGUUGAGAUAGUCUGACUUAUGAAAAGCAUUAUACUGAGAUCAAAAAAAGAAGGAAGUAAAUAUAUUUAGCAAGUUCUGUAGGAGAUUUAUGAGCAAUUUCUUUGAAUUUAUUGAGAACUGAGGAGCAUUCACAUUGUUUUCAAAAUCAAUACACAGUAGUGUAUCACAACACAAUCAUCACUUACUUUAAAAGACUUGAAUUACUGGUAAACACAGUUUAACAUUAUUUGGGGACUUUGAAAGUUGCAUUUAUACUAAUUAAUUUUAAGCACAUCAAAGUUAUAGAAUUGACGUUAAAAAGUGAAGAGUAGUUUUAAAUUGAUAUAUUCAUAAUGUUGUGAAAAUGUAAGUGGAUUCCUGUCAUACAAUGUCUAGAGUUACAAAUCUGAACGAUUAAAUUGUUGUACGUAAAUUGUUAAGAAAAUGACUCUAUUUUUUCCUUGCUCUGCUAUGUAUGUGGGAGGAAGGUGGAGAUGGUUUGGUUAAAAUGGAAAUCUUUAAUCGAUUUUCCUGUUACCCUUCUUAAGCUCAAACUCAGAUUCUUUGUUCAAGCUAAAUUUCUUGUUCUAGUUUCUGGUGAUCAGUGAAUAAAAAAAUCAUAUUUUGUCAACAUUUUUGGAAAUUUUUUAGAGAGUUUCAAUCUGUUUAAAAUGUUCAUACUUAACUAUCUGACUGUCACAUGAGUCACAAGAAAUUUGGUUGAGCACAGAAUCCUUGCUUGAGAUGAGAAGAGUAUCAUGAAUAUGGGCCCAGAACCUGGUUGAUUGAUAAAUUUUUAUUUUUAAUUUUUAGAUAUCAUUUCCGAGAAAUGAAGGAUGCAGUAUGCUACCUUACUGCCACAUGUGUCCCCUUUAAUUUCACUGAUCAAGUCUAUAAAAUACCUAUUAUGAAUACUAAAUUUGGACUUUUUUUUCACACAUGAGACAAGCGCUAUAUGCCUCUAUCAAAAACACUCCAGUAAUUAUUAUUCAUAAAAUGUGGUUAAAUUUAAUUAACAAAUAAAUUCAAGGGGAAUAACUCUCAUGUAAAUCUAAUGAAAAUCAUGGGUAUAAUGUGUCGGAUAGCAUGUAAAUUUAUGUGAAAUUUAUUAUUUCAUUUAAUAACCUGGAAAAUUUGUUGCUGUUUUUUUAAACCAACAAUGUAUGAAUGUGUGUGACUCCAUUGUAUCUGUGCAUAUAUAAUGUAGGUACAUUGUGUUAUCAUUGUUAUGAUUUAUUAUGUUAAAAACAAAAUGACGACAACACUUUUUCGAAGUCACCUACGAGCACCGUGAUAUUUUUCAAUUAUGUGGUUUGAUUUUUAAUAUGUUUAUUGUAGUUCUUAUUUAGUGUGACAGUGUGCAAUUAAUUUAUCACUUUGUUUAAAAAGGGAUAAUUCUAGUAUAUAUAUGAUUUCACCAAUAUCCCAUUACCCUAGUAUUUUGUUAUUAUGUGGAAGUGGUAUGGCAUUUUCACAUGUUUCUAUACCUUUAUUUCAAGUUAAAAAGAUAAGAUCAUGACAUGAAAAAAAAACCUUACACAUAUUUGUGAAUAAAAUAUAUUCGUGUUUGA